UUCCGCUCACUUGAGACAAAUUUCCAAUUACAUGCACACAUUUGGGUGCAGUGAUUAAAGAAAAAGUAAAAAUGUUCUUUAUAAAAUCACAUCAAGCUGUUUUUCUUCUGAUUUUAACUUUUAAAUCUACUCUUGCGGAUAAAAACACCACCCAACAGAAUGUGAAAGCUAACAUGUGUCCCAUAAAUGAUAAACUGAUCGGUGAAGGCUUGACAGAAAUGUUGGACGGUUGCAGAAAAGUAACUUGCGUCAAAGAGAGUACCAAUACCACCCUGUUGAUCAUUAAAUCAUCAGGGGCUGAUCAAAUAUAUUUUAAUGAUGACGAGAAGCACUGUAGCAUUGAUGUUCCCAAUGACGGCACAUGCAGCAAGGUAACAAAGGAAUGCAGGGCAUUCUGCAAAUUUGAAAACCAAACAAAGCUACAUGGAGACUCCUGGUUCAUUGAAGGUUGCAGGAGAGCAACAUGUUUUGCAUUUGAACCGUAUAACUCAACUAAGAUAGAAAUUGAACAAUGCCAGGACAUCAUCAUUGUUGAAAUGACUAAAGAACAACAGGAUAGAGGUUGCGUCUUCAACGAAAACUUUGACGGGUUUUAUCCAGUUUGCUGUAGACCCUGGGUGGAGUGUAACGGUGUCAAAGAGCUAAAUCAGAUUGUAAGAUACAGAGGAAUGUACGAUGAAUAAUAACAAAAUACAACAAGAACAUUGACAAAGCUUCAA